UAAUUACAAAACACAGUUCCGCAAAACCUGUGUUUGUGUUGUGACUGUUUUGUGGGAGACAGGUCUGCAGACCAGCUGGCGUCCUGAAACAAGUAGGCUGCCUGCCACUCUUCUGUGCUUCGGUGACAAACCAGUCGGAGAAAAAUGGCGUCGGACUCUCCUCGCAGACCGAGCCGCUGUGCUGGAGGAGUUCUGGUGCGAGCACAAGCUGCAACGGAGCAGUCAUACAUGGAAAGUGUUGUCACGUUUCUACAGGAUGUGGUUCCACAGGCCUACACCGGGGCUCCACCCACAGAUGAGAAAGAGAAAGUCAUUUGGGUUCGAUUUGAGAAAGCUGACAUCAACGAUUCGGCCCGAAACCCAGAGUUCAUGGAGAUGCAUGGUGGGACCUCUGAGCCCCCACUGUGCCUCAUGAUUGGCUACACCGAUGGCAUGCAGAUCUGGAGCGUCUCAUUGGCAGGAGAAGCCCAGGAGCUGUUCUCGGUGCGUCACGGACCUGUUCGAUCAGCUCGGAUCCUACCAGCUCCUCAUAUCAGUCCUCUGAAGAUGGACAGUUUUGCUGAGAAGAGGCCCUUGCUGGGGGUCUGCAAGAGUGCAGGGUCCUCUGGGACUAGUCCUCCUUAUUGUUGUGCUGACCUGUACUCUCUGAGGACCGGAGAAAUGGUUAAAUCGAUUCAGUUCAAGACAUCUGUCUAUGAUCUCCACUGCAACAAACAUAUACUUGUGGUGUGCCUGCAGGAGAAGAUAGCUGCGUUUGACAGCUGCACCUUCACAAAGAAGUUCUUUGUUACAAGCUGUUUUCCUUGUCCCGGCCCCUGCCUCAAUCCAAUAGCUCUGGGAAGCCGCUGGCUCGCCUACGCAGAAAACAAGUCGAUCAGAUGUCAUCAGUCUCGAGGAGGAGCAUGUGGCGACAAUGCUCAGUCGUACACUGCCACGGUGAUCAAUGCAGCCAAAACUUUAAAAACGGGCUUAACUAUGGUGGGCAAAGUAGUCACCCAGCUGGCGGGCACCUUACCAGCAGCAACUCCGGAUGAGGAAGGAACAGCUCACAGUACGGGUCGUCGCAGCCCCCACAGUCCUGGUGUGGUCACCAUCAUUGACACAGACAGUGUUGGGGAAGGACAGGUCUUGGUGAGUGAGGACUCGGAUGGAGCAGGAGUGAUCGCCCACUUUCCAGCACACGACAAACCCAUCUCCUGUAUGCAGUUCAACCCCAGCGGGAUGCUGCUGGUUACUGCCGACACGCUGGGCCAUGACUUUCACGUCUUCCAGAUACUCACCCACCCCUGGGCCUCCUCACAGACCGCCGUUCACCACCUUUACACCCUGCAUCGAGGAGAGACUGAGGCCAAGGUCCAGGACAUGUGUUUCAGCCAGGACAGUCGCUGGGUUGCCAUCAGCACCCUCCGUGGCACCACCCAUGUGUUUCCAAUCAACCCUUAUGGUGGAGCACCUUGCGCGCGAACCCACAUGUCCCCGCGGGUGGUAAACCGGGUGUCCCGCUUCCAAAAGAGUGCCGGCCUGGAGGAGAUUGAACAGGAGCUGAACAGGGCGGCUGCACUGGGAGGAGGGGGUCCAGGAGGCGUUGGAGGAAGCAGCUGCAUUCUGGGAGGAGGAGGUGGUGUGGGGGGACGUUGUAGUCCCAUACCUGGCCUUUCCAGCAGCCCUUCUGGGUCUCCGCUACAUGCCAAACUGAGCAACCAGGACUCGUACAACAACUUCGCCAACAACAACAUGGGGAACCCGCGACUCACCUCGCUGCCCUCCCUCACGAUGGUCCUGCCUCUGGCUCAGAUCAAACAGCCCAUGACCCUAGGAACCAUUACCAAACGCACCGGACCCAACCUCUUUGGGGCAGGAUGUUUUGCCAUUAGAACUCCGUGCAAAGCCAAGUCACCCCCUCAGAUCUCUCCAAGUAAGUCCAGUGGAGGGGAGUUCUGCGUUGCUGCCAUCUUUGCCUCGUCCCGAUCCUGGUUCAUCACCAAUCCCAACUUGAAAAGAGAAAAAGAUCAGUCCCGACAGUCAGUGGUUGACUCGCUGUACAUAAUCAGUUGCUACGGUAACUUGAUGGAGCAUGUCCUGGAGCUACGACCAAUUAGCACUGCACAAAAAAUAAGUGAUGAUACUCCUUUGGAGCUUAGUACAUCUCCCAGGGCGUGCUGGACUCUAGCAAGGACUCCACAGUGGAACGAGCUGCAGCCACCCUUCCUCACCAACCAUCCUCUGGUGUUAGCAUCUGACCUGGUCCAGUACUAUCAGUAUCUUCUUGCUGGGAUGCCACCAGAAAACCCAGGUCCAGUCACACGCCAUGAGUCAUCAGACAGCCUUGAAUCGGACCACAGUAGCCCCGAUGAUGAGGAGUGGCUCUCCCAGGUGGAGAUUGUGACCCAUACGGGUCCUCACAGACGACUCUGGAUGGGUCCACAAUUUCAGUUUAAGACCAUCCACCCAUCGGGUCAGACCACAGUCAUCUCCUCCUCAUCCUCAGUGCUUCAGUCUCAGGGCCCCACUGAUGUCCAGCAGCCGCUCCUGGACUUUGACACAGAUGACCUGGACCUGCACAGCCUCAGAAUCCAGCCAGUUCGUUCGGAGCCUGUCACCAUGCCCAGCUCAUCCAGGUUGGCGACAGACCGCCGAGGACAGUCCAACAUCCUGGACGCUGCAGGUGAGUACCAGCUCUCUCUCGCUCUCUCCCUCUCUCUCUCUCUGAGCCCUUCUUCAGUUUCGGUGUCGGGCUCUUGAUUGUUCCACCAAGGGACCCUUCAUCCUGCCCCGACACCCUGUCAUUAUUUUAAUCAAAUGCAAUUACCACCACACUGGGGACAAUUGAGUUUUGUUGAAUGCCCUUUUUCAGCCAGCUCCAGCCUGUUGCCCCUGUGGCCUACUACACACACACACACACACACACACACACACACACACACACACACACACACAGACAACAACUGUUUUAGACAAGGGAGCAAGAGUUAAGAGUGUAAAGGCCAGGGAGAUAAGUGGGCACAAAGUGAUGAAAAUGCACAUUGUACUGUUGAAGUUUUCCCCGCCACCAUCUCUGCUUUGGGUUGGAGGGCGGUGGUGAUGCCGGGGUGGAGGACGUGAUUUAGGUGACUUGUGUUUGACCGCUUUGUUUGGGAGCAGCGAUCUCUGUUUUGUUUUUGUCUGUGUGUGGUUUUGGCAAAUCAAAGCAGAGGGGUAUGAUGGCCUUAUGAUGAAGAGGAGUCAGACUGACCACUGUUGUGGUGAAGGGUAAAAAGAUGAGGCAGGUCUUUGCAAAUGUUGUGUUUGCGUUGUUAAAAAUGUGUUUUCGGGUCAUUUUAGAAGAAAGGAGAUUACUUGAUAGUGGAGGAGGUCAUGUAUGUGUAAGGGGAGGGAGGUGUAGGUGGUGGAAGCUGAAUAGGCUCCUGUGUCGUAAUCACCAGGCCGACUCCCUCAGGACAGGGGAAGAGGAGCAGGAUAAAGACCGUAAGUGUUCUGAAGAUGUGACCACCACAGCACCACUUCUGCCCACAAGGCACAAGAAAGAAACAGAUCUGUCAUCUGCCAGACAUUACCCCAACGCCCCCCUUCUAGCGCCUCUACUCUUCCUCCAUCUCACUCUCAUCCGCAUCACCCCCACCUCCACCCGCUCCAUUCCCACAACUCACUUGAGUAAGCCAGACAGAUGAUAACCCAGCAGAUCCCUCAGUGACCCUUUCCUGGAAGCAGAGGCUCAUCAAGCACUCAGAAACUGAAGUAGGGUCCCAUGAAGUUCAUUUGAUUUUAUCCAAACUUUUAUUUUUACACUCAAUGUUUUAUGUUGGAGGCACAUUUAAUGUAAUUAAAAUUGCAACAAUUAAAAAAAAAACACUUAAAAUGUUUAUAAAUAUCGACAACUUUCAGUAAAGGCUCACUUAGACAAAACAACAAAGUUAUUAGAGGAAUACUUUGCAACUUUUUCAUAUUUUUUAAUCAUUUUCAUGAGCCAGUAUGUGCUAAAAUUUUCCUUUUCAGAUUUUGUGAAAUGUCACUCAAACCCUCACAGCCCUUUGGUGGCCAGAAUAUCUCAUUUGCAACUUCAGAGUGCCGAUCCGGCCCCUGUUGGACUUAGACAAAUAAAUGAUCGGGCAUACCUGGCACAGCAGUCUGGUUCCAGCACAUUUCUUGCAUGUUUAGAUCAUGAAUGCAGCUGAUUUGUUUGAUUUAGUGAUGAACCAUUCGUGUAGACACUAAUGAAGGCCAGGGAGACCUUUUAGCAGUUAGAUUAAGGUGUUAAAAAGACUAACACACAGUAAGGACAGUUUGGUUCUACAAACUAACACUUAGAGGUGCUAAAAGCAAGCAAACUGCCUAGUACCCCUUAAAAGUCUGUAAACAAUAAAGGCACACUUGACAGUUUUUCUUGCUUUAGCACCCCCUAGUGUUCAUUGUUCAUUAUCUGUGAUCAAAACAAAAGUGAAAAUUAUCUCCUCACUGGGCAUUUGUCUUUAACGCCUUAAUCUAACUGCUUAAAUGUCUCCCCAGCCUUUCUUGGUGUCUACAGAUGUUCUUCAUCACUAAAUUAAACUAAUCAGCUGUGUUCAUGAUCCAAAACAUGCAUGAAACACGCUGGAACCAGACUGCAGCCACCUCUCUAGUACUUACCUCCAGUAGGUCAACUCCAUUUUUUCGAAGUCCACACAGAGCCGGCUGCCAGUCUGAAGUUGCAAAUGUGGCAUUCUGGCCACAGAGGGCGGUGGGGGUCUUGGUGACAUUUCAUUAACCCUGCGAAGGGUCAUUUUAGCACAUCCUGGCUCAAGAAAACGGUUUACAAAUAUGAAAAAGUAGCGUAGUAUGGCUUUAAACUAAAACAUCUUUCUUUUGACAUCAUUGCAGAAGUCAUUGGGCCUUAUGUAGGACUUAGACACUAAGCCUGUGUAGAAACCAGAGGACCUUUGGUUGGGACAGUGAGAAGGUGCUCAGCCUCUUCUAUAGUAUGGGGGCUAUGAAAGUACGACACACCAACAGAACUGGGGAAUUCCUCAUGCAUAUUAACCAAACAUGAAAUGGGUGUGUUUCCAGUGUAUGGGACAGUGUGUUCCCAAAAACCGUUGAUUCUAAUCCACACGUGGAACCUCCUACUACUUCAUGUGUGCCUCCAUCAGAGGAGGGUAGACUGGGAGGCAGCGAUGCCGAUAUUAAACAGGACAAGACAUUAACACUCACCAGUGUCUGUAUCCCACCCUCUCUCUCUCUUGCUCUUGCUCUCUCAAAUGCCCUCUCCUCCACAGUCUCCCUCCCACUGUCCCUCUCCUUCCACUAACAUGGUGCUGGCAUUCCCUGGAGCUGUAGUACACUUACAGGAUGCUGGGGAAAGUGCUACGAUGAGCAGGCACAGCAGCGGGAGACAGAGCAAUGUGAGCUGAAGAGAGCUUUCUUGGCAGUAAAAUAACUGCAAUGACUUAAGCUGAGGAUCCGCAGGCAGCCUGCUUCACGCCCUAGUACUUACCUCCAGUAGCUUCUAAAAGCUAUCUUCUCGUGUAACUUGUGUCUUUUAUUUGUGUUUUGUUGUCCUUGUGUUGUUUGGUGCACCCAUAAACGGAGUUAAGGUUGGUUUAUGCUUGACGCGUCCGCGAGGUCCGCACGGCUCCGCGCGGAAAAGUUGCGUCAUUUUAACAACCACGCCCCUCCACCGCGCUUCCGCACGGCCCAAAAUUUCCGCAACGCGCACCUAGGAAAUUUUCUAACCACGCGGACGGUCGGACGUGGAAAGACAUGGCGGACCGGCAAGAACUAGUAUGGCAGAGGUUCGUAAAUACAGACAUUUGUAUGAUUCAGCUCUCAGAGAUCACAGUGAUCAACAUGUUGUUAAUAAUUCUUGGAGAGAAAUAGCUCGCACUGUCGGAAAAGAGAAGGACUCUGUUAAAAAUGCUGGAAUGUCAUGUUGUAAACAGUUAUUUCUACUUCUACUAUGGUGUAGUGUUGGAUGCAUGCCGUAGAGCUCCAUGCUGCCCCCUACAGUUUGGGAGAAUAUUGGCUCACCGCAGAGACAAGCCGCAUGAACCAUAAACGCUGCGAGUUGUGAAGCGCGUUCCAGCCGCGAGCCGCAUCACCAAGCGGAAAGUGAAUGCGUCAAGCAUAAACCAAGCUUUAGUUAAUGGUGCUAGUUCUGGUCUGGACUGGUUUAGGUAUUUGGAGGAAUCUAGGAUGCUUUACUAGUUUUCAUUUAGUGAUCCUAAUGUUUUACUUCUUAGAUGAUCCAUGUGGGGUGAAGGUAAUAAAAACUGUUCUGAAAGUGAACUGGCAAAAUGACAGGGCCUGGCCAUCUUUGUUGCUCAUGCUUCAUUUUCUAUGGUUUCCUAAUAAAAGACUAGAGUGAGCUCAGGCCAGAAAUACAGCCUGCUCCAUGCAGCACCAACGCUCAGCAGGUUUUCUUUUGAGCAUAACAUUAACACCCAGUGUACAUAUGUUAAGAGCCCUCUCAGACAGUACGCUGUGCAGUCAAAGCGAGGGAUUUGUUCAAAUUAGGCUCCCAAAGAUCAUGUAACAUAAGUGGAAACAAAUGUGGAGGCUUCUGCUGUUUCAUUCAACUUUCUACCAGCUGACGUCUGAACUGCUCUGUAGAGAUGAAGGCCUUGGCUCCCUAAAACACCAAAACUCUAUUUGCCACACCUCAGAGUGGCUGAAGAGUCCUGGCUCUGAAAAUGUCAUCAUUUAUCCUCAGAGUGUGGAGAAGGGAACGUUUCUGCCUAAUUCACAAUGCUCAUUGAGUUCAGCUCUGUUAUUCAUGGUAAUGAAUGGCAGCCAGAGGAACAGUGUCCUGUAUCAAAGAGCCGAACUAACAUGCCUUUCUCACGGAGCCAGAGAAGUGCUCCUUUGUCACAGCGGACGCCUGCAAACGACUCCCAGAAUCUUGCAAAAUAUGCCCCAUUGUUGGGGGAAGCCAACUCCGUUUACUGCUCUGAACAGACUCCUGCAUUCCUGAUGUCACCAGAACUAAGCUCUCCUCAGAAAUCACCUGCAGUCAUCAACUCUUAAGCUACCCUCUAGAAGCCUCAUGGAGUCAUCAGGACUAGGCCCUCCUCUAGAAUCAUCAUAGAGUAAUCAAAACUAAGAUUUCAUCUAGAAACUUCCUGCAGCCAUCAGGACUACGCCCUCAUUUAAAAACUUCCUGGAGCCAUAAAAACUUAGCACCCCUCUAGAAACGUCCUGGAGUCAUCAGGACAAAGCUCUUCUUUGGAAACAUCAAACUUCCCCACAAUAUCAAACAGCUGUUUAACGAAUCAGUGAUGGAUAAUAACUUGCUAACUCUUUCCUGGUCUAAACUCCACCAUAUGGACUGAUGUCACAGACUCCUCAGAUGCCCUGGCGUGUUUUAUUGCGUCAUGUUUAACUUUAGUGUACUCUGACUUGGUAAAACACAAGUUGAGAUGUGUUUUAAGUGAGGAGUCUGCGUCUUGCCGCCCUGUAUGGAAGCGAUUAUGUGCAUCAGCCACAGACUGUAGAGAACCAUGUCACGUCCUUUUGGAUGUGUAUCACACAGCUUUGUUCUCCGUUUCUGAUGAGGUGCUGUGGUGCCAAGGCUUCUUGUCGUGUUCUAGACCUUAAAAUACAGACGGCCUUUGGGACAGAACCUCCUCUUAUUGGCACAGCCUUGCACCAAAAAAUCAGGGAUGUGGUUGAGUCCAUUCAUUCGUUUGUCUUGUCUGGAAGAUGUGGCGUUCUAGAGGAGCCCCUGUUCCUCUCUGGGUGGAGACACAGAGGGAGCUGACGGAUUCUCUUUCUGUGAAAUGGUGACAGUAAAAUGGUGCUUGGGUAAAACAGACAGUUGAGUCCAUUUUUAACGCCCCCAGCACCACCACCCCAUUCACCACCCACUCCUUUUGCUCUCUUGGUUGUGUUGGAAUGUUUUUUUAUCAUGGAGGAGGCAAUUUUCUCAGCUCCAGUCUCUGCACGAGCGUACAUCUUCAAGGGAGAGAGGAGCAAAGCUCAGGAAAGCAUUUAUUUAUAGGUAUCUGAAAGCUGCUGGGCCCUGAAACAUUGGAGUGUGUAAUGAUGAGUCUUCUGAAAAGUAAAAACAAGCCCCCUCACAGCUAAAUCCAGCUAUUCUUGUCACUGACGUUAGCUCCCGGUUGUACUCCAUAAAAGCUGUAUUUUCACAACACCCCCUACCCCUGGCCCACUUUACCUGGUUAGCCAAAACAGUGUGGUCGGAAUCCAAUCAGUGGCCAGUGAAUACAUCUCUGCCCUGUGUCCCGGCUGGACAUUACCAGGAUUUGGGAUUACAGACGUCACUUUGCAUAACUUGUUGUCAGAACUGUAGACCUCCUGUGUGCUGGUGUUGGAGUGCAGGAUUCAGCAUUUCCUGUAGCCUUUGCUGCCGUAAAACAUUGUUGAUUUGUAUCAGAACCCCUGGUGCUAACUACUUCAAUGAUGAAGUCAGCACCUCUCAACAUUUCGUUCCUUAAUGGAGUCUUCACUGCCUUUGUCCUUAACCAUCCAUUUUCAUUAAUUAUUCAGAGGGAGAAAGGAAAACCGUUUGAGUGGGUAACACUGAUCCAGUGUACUCAACCAAUCUAUGCAGUGUAAGUAAUAAAAUACCACGCACUCAGACAACACAAUAAAAGAGAUGGAGACAGAGGAGACGCUUGUUAAAAAUGUAAGUAGACGGAAGCUACCCCAAGACAACAGAGGGUGGAGGAGGUGGCGGCCCGGGAGUCAAAAGACAGCAGCAACAUCUUAGUGUCUAGGUUAAUCAGCGAAACAGGCUGAUAGCAGCUGGUGUUUCACUGGAUCCGCCCGGUCCACGGAGGGCGCCUGUCUAGGCAGAGUCUGAGUCGAUGUGAUGUGCUCUCAGUGCAGUUGACUGAUGCUAAUUGGGAUUAGCGCCCACUGCGCGAAAGUGACACUAGACAUUCCAGGGCCCACCCAUCCAGACUCCACUCACCACACUGUCAAACUCUGCCGUAUGUUUUCUCUUCACCCCGAGGGCACUUGAAAGAUGCAAGGCCCAAAACUCACGUUUAAAUGCGAGCAAUACAGAAAGAAAGUUUGGAAAGUGGAAACUUUGAAAGCCAAUAGAGAAACCGAUUCAGCCACCGAGUUUUGAUAUCAGUGAGAACAGGUCGCAGUGCACUUUUGAACUUUCACUCUCAAUAAGGCUGGUCUCCCCUCCGCACCCCACCCACCCUCCAGGUCAGAAAGCCAUAGACCAUCAUGCAAAGAUAAAACCUCUCCAGCUCCCUCCCAGACUCACUGAGAUUUUCAUUGACAGGUGGUUUUUUCACCCUGACUUUGAUAAACCCACCCAGCCAGCCAGUGUGAAAAGGUUGGAGAGAAGAUGAUUUCCUCUUCUAGAUUUUGGAGGUGGGCCUUUCUGAGGUAUUAGAUCCAUGAACUGGGAGUGCUGUAUUGAAUAUUUUAUCGACUGUCUGCUUGCCCCGUGCUGACCUGCCUGACAUGCUAAGUUCCUGGCUCGCUGGAGACGCCACGUCGCUUCGCAUCAGCUCAGCCACCCGUGAGGCUUCCCUGCAUUUCCUGUGAAUAAACUCACACACAGUGGGGGAGGAAGAGAGGCCAGGGCACAGGGGCACUGGGGCUGAGAUGAGGAGAAAGCACAUACACAUUCUUUCUCUGAAGAACCCAACAGCCUACCUUGGCUACAGUAUGAACUCCCCUGGUCAGAGCCCGAUGAGUCCUCUGAAAGGAUCUGGUGAAUUGGAACGACCUGAAACCUCCAUUUUAAUAACGGCAUCGUCGGCCAUAAAGUUUGCAGAACUUGUCGGUAAUGACAUAUGAACAAAAACACAAAUAAUCUAGGAAAUAAUUAAUCAUUUCCAAUUACCAGAGCUGGGUUUGCCUGCCCCGCUCGGCUCAUUGUAUCAGAUGAACUCAGAUGUAAGGCAAAAUUCUGGUGUGGGGGUCAUUUGUCCAUUUUCACUUCAUCCACUAUUUAUAUAGUUCUGCUAGAGUCACUUUGUUUUUCUUUUCUUAGGCAGAACAGCCCAGUUGCAGCAAUCGUGGUUCCUGUCUGUAGACUUAGAGUCGGUACCUACGGAAGCGGCUUGCUUUGCUGCCGUGAGAAAACCAGGUGACCUGGUCUGUGUGUGAGCCAAGAGGCAGAGCCCGGUGGCACUAGUGCUGGCGCGUCACUUCAUGUUUCUCCUUUGAGACCAAGAGAAGAGGAGCAGUGUCGUUCUGCAACACCUGAUCCACAAACUCACCUGUCUCAGGGGGAGUGGUGUUUGUCGCCAUCAUGUUAAGGAAUUUGUAGGUUUGUCCUCCAUCAGGAUCCACUUUCCUGUCUUCUUCGAUGUGAGAAUCGGGCGACAAACACGCAGAAAAACCCUUGAGAACGCCAUUUGUAGAAUUUGCAUAAAGUCUCACAGUGACAUUAUGUUAGUGCUAGCAUCAACGAGCCUGGCAAGUGAGAAAAAAGGACAACCGUGACAAGUGAAGUGUGUGUAGGGAGUUAUGGUCUGAAGAAGUGUGCACCCACCCACUCACCCACCCACCCACACACAUACCCUAGCACAUUUCUAUCCCUCUGUCUCUGGCUCAUUACUAGCAGUGGGGCUUCCUAAUGUGUUAAAACUCAGUGGGGUGGAAACGUCAGCCAACGGACUUUGGUCCCUCUACGGUCUUUACUUAUUCAUGCAAGCUCUGGCCUCUCCCCAGGACAUGUAGCACUGACCCAGGAGGACAGCAGUGCCUCGCUAAAAUGACCCCACAUCAGGGUCAUUCAGCAUUUUCGGCCAGUGAGUUGACAAACAGCAGUGUCAGUGUAGCGCUCGGCUCUCCUGUGUUCUUAAUUAAAAGUCUCAAGCUUCUGGUAAACUCUUCGUUUCCAGCCUUUGCUUUGCUCACGCUCCAGCAAGUGUGAAUUUUCUGAUAACCAAACCACUUGAUGUUUAACAAAUACACAACAUCAGUGUGAGACAGAGCUGAUGAGUCAUUCGAGGCCAGCGGACCAGCUCCAUCAUCCAGCGGGAAGCUCAGAGCAGGACUGCUCCUCCUCAUUAUGAGGAAUCAGCUGAGGUGGUUCGGACACAUGGCCAGGACGCCUCCUGGUCACCUCUGCCUGGAGGAUGUCCCACUGAGAGGACACCCCGGGGUUAGGGCCAAAACACAGUAGGAGCUGGAGGCUUUUUGGAGAUUAUUGCAGCUAAAUGUCUUGUACGGAAUACUUUUUGAAGGACGUUAUAGAUUUUCUGUUCUAAAACUGUCUUCUGUAGCAUAAUAAUAUCUAGCGUAGGCAUGGGACAGUGAUCCCCAACUCCCUUCCUCGAGGGCCGCUAUCCAUGUUUUACUGUUUCCCUGCUUCAUCACACCUAAUUCAAUCAGCAGGUGGUUAGCAGGCUUCUGCAGAGCUCGAUGAGCUGCUGAACAGGUGAAUCAAGUGUGCUGGAGUAGGGAAACAGCUAAAACAUGCUGGAUCCUGGCCCUCGGGGAUGUUGGGGUGAAGAUAUCCUGAACCAGCCGUGACACCUCCUCAUCUCCUUUUUACUUUUUAAUCUUUAUCCUCCUUUCAUCUCUUCCUCUCACACGUUCAGGCCCACUUGCUGUCAUCCUUCUGCUCUGUCAACAUUUUGUCAUCCCAUGCUGUCCCUCCCUACACCUGCCCUCCCUCGCUGCUCGUUGCUCUUCCACAUUCGUAAGACAACCUUUGGGAAAUUUCUCCAGUCUUGUUUGUUUAUCUUACCAGCGCUCUCGUUAGCCGAGCCCCCUGACCACCGAACCCUGAACAACGUUUCUCUGUUGCCUCUUCAAAGCAGAGGGACUCUCAGACCUUCAUGGCGGAGUUGGCUCCUGGCCUUUUUCCUGCACAUUUACGACCGCAGAGGAUGUAAUUUACCAGGGAGGGUGUGCUCUGCUGCCUGGCGACGUGAUGCUUCUGACAGUCUUAUGGCUCAGAGUUGUCUGAGCGUAGUCGUGGGGAAGCUCAGCUCACAUUAAUCACACAAGCCUUCAGAUCGCACUCUAAUAUGGAAUAAAGAGCUAGUUCCCAGAGUACGUCUGACAAACUGCUCAUGAUUAUCUUUAAUUGGCAGCUUUUUAUAUAUAAUGGGAAGGUUUUUCUUUACUAAAACCUACACCAGAGUAAAAAUCUCAUGCGCUGAUUUUACAUUUUAGGUGAGUUGCAUCUUGACUCUGGAUGGUUUUGUGUUUCAAGCAAAUCAAUGGUGAUUAUAAGCUAUUAAAUACAUAUUUAUAGUAGAUAUUUAAGGACUUUCAUCUGCUUUACUAAUGUGAGAUAAGCUGUUCUAACUUCAGCAACAGUGAAACGGGGCUCAGAUACUUUUAUGUGCGUUUUAAUAAUUUAAUUCCCUACUUAACCUCAGUUCUUUUUCAUUGUAUCGUCGCUGUUCACCAUGUACAUAUGUGAUGUCUGGAGUGUGAUUAAUGUACCUCAUUGGUUAUUUAGGGCUCUGUAUUUUUUAUGGUUUCACAUUUUUAUGGAGUUCUGCAGUCAGAGUGAUCGGACAGGAGCAGAAAGGCCUGGCUGCGUUCGACACGCUGUUGUUUGUCCACGUGAUUCGUCAGGCUAGAAGCUUCAUGCAGAUGAAAAGUCGCUGUGUUUGCUUAAGUUCACAUUUUACAUUUGCUCAUGAAAUCAAACAAGUGAUGAAAGCAAAGCGAAUUGUCUUGCCCAAGGACACAACAACAGCGACAGACUGAGCGUGGCUCGAACCUGCCACCUUCCGAUUACGGGGCAAGCACUUAACUCCUCUGCCACCGUCGCCAAGUACAGCGCCCGUGCGGAAACUCGCCUAGGAACUUUUAUCCGCUGCACUUAAAUCACACAAAUAAAAAUUCUUUAUUUAAUGGAAAAAAAUUAACCGAUACGGUACGCAAGUGGACCGAACCGAACAGGCUGAACCAAAACGAUUCAACACUCCCCCAUGAACCGUUACACCCGUACUUAAUACCAGAACAGUGUUAGUUGAUAAUGAUUCGGGAAGACGGCGGGAACAAGGUCUAAAAUUGUUAACAGUUUAAAAAGUUUCCAGCCAAAAAGGUGAGACUUGGCAGGUGUGAUCCUGAUCCUGUGGAUGAACUGUCAGUGAAGAUCUUCACAUCACAACUACGCCUCUCCUGGUUCUGACUCCACUGUGUGACUUCUUGUCUUGUGAGCAUUCGGGUUAAUUUGGGGCCGUUAGGCGUUCACUCUGGAGAAAGUUUGAUGUGGCAUUUCAGUCAUAACGUGAACAGCCACACAAAAAAAUCAGAUUUACUCUGAAGAUCGGAAUUGAGCAUCAAGGACUGCAGUGUGAACGUAUCCUUAGUCAGAAAAAGGCAGUCUCUUCUAUGUCACAGGGAACCUUAGCAUGCAUGGCCCCGCCCACUUUGACUCAUGAUCACAGGAGAGAGCAGAGCAUGUGUCAGCUAGUAGAAGCUAACCAUUAGCAUCUCCACAACAUGGCGGAACACAUUUGGGCUUGUGGACAUGAAACCUCAACAUUUACUCCGUUUAUUUAAUGAAGGCAGCAGAAGAGUCACAUUGCUGUUAGCCAAUCAGGCGAGGAGUUUGCAUUUCAUGAAUAUUAAUGAGUAAUGCUCGUAAUCCUGUUGUCUCCGCGGACAAAUUUCCACCCCUGAAACCGGCUCAAAAGUCAUUCAUUCAUACAGAAAACUUAAUAAAACAAAUGAGUGAGUGAGACCUGUAGCCACUUUCUGUUUCAUCUGUCACAUGUCAGCUUCUCAUCAAUAGCUUUCGCUCUAAUCUGCGUAGUGAAAGCAGCAGUUCAAAGCUGCUGAUGUGCUCCAAUAGCAGAGUAGUAGCACCAGUCUGCUGUUGGUGUCCAUGAGAGCAGAUCCCACCACCGUCCCUGAAACCUUCCCUUCCUGCUUCUCUGUCCACAGCCCUCUAAAUCAGCCAGCUCACCUUAAAUGAUGUCACUCAGUCUCGACAUAUUUUCAGGGUUUUGGGGUAUAAAUCUCAUUCAUGGAGAACUUUAAUGCUACAUAGAUGCUUUUUCUGCUGCUGUGGAAAUAGAAUGAUGCUGAAUAAUCAAACAGCGGCGUAUACUAUGCAUUCAUUCAUUUUCAAACCAAAUGAUUUAUGGUUUACGUCCUUAUUUCAACUUCUUCUGCAAACUCUGUGUGCUGCGUGUGAUGCCAAACGGGUCACCUCAGAUCUGUAGACUGUUCAGGCUGGAGUCUGAUGAAAACAUUUGAAUUAGAAUGAGAAGAACCAGACAGAACCAUCAGACCUGGUGAGUGAACACAGGCUGAGAUACUCGGCAGCUUUCUUAGACAAGGUAACAGAAAUCAGCAUAAGAAAAAACCUUCUGGACCAGGAGGAAACUGCUAUUGAACGUCUCGGGUUUCUGAGUUUAAAGGACUAAAUGGCAGAAUUCCAGUUGAGUGUUGGAGCUUCUGGUUGCUAAUUACAAAAACAGCCACUCUCUGUGAUCUUAAAGCAUUCCACCAGUGACUGCAGCACAUCUUCUAUGCAUUCACGCUGGACCAACACUGCUCCCCGCUCCAGAGGUGUCCCCUCACAGCACCGCUGGACACCAGCGUGUGUCAGAGAGCCAUUAAACGCUGUCUCUCAUAACAAGAUUCCCAGCUCACCUGAGCUGCUGCCUCUCUCAGGUCAUAUUUAAUAAAUAAAGCUGGCAGCACUCUCUCACACUCAGGAGUGUGGAGGGGUGUGU